AUGUACUUACAAGCCAUUAGCUCAGGAGCUGUUGUUUCUGGAAAAUCGCUUGUGGACGCCUCCGACAGUGUCACGACCUUUGCAGUCACUUUGUCCACUUCCAUUACUUCGGAUGUUCUCUUCCAAGCAGCCGUAAGUUAUGGAGGUACUAAUAUCACUGAUACAAAAAUGGUUCGUGUGAAUAACAAGCAAGCAAGCGAAGAAUCUCGAUUAUACCGACACAUGGAUUGGAAGACGGGAUGUCCAGAAGCAACAGGGCAGCACAGGAUGUGA